UUCUCUCUCUCUCUCUCUCUCUCUCUCUCGUUUUCUGCCGAAGACCCGAAGUCAUCGAUUUUUCUGUCCCUUUCCAGAGGAGGCUAUACCUCGCUCUUCCGUGGAGCGCUGUGGCCAUUGCAUGUCACCCGAAUCGGCUCCUCCAGCGAUACGACGACGAUGCCCACCGCAGCCUCACCCUCAGUCUCCGCCUCCGCCUCUUCAACCAGUGGGACCCACUCGGACCUCCUGACCCGGCUGACGUCACCCGACUCCGACGUCCAGCUCAAGGCUCUCAGAGAGCUCAAGAACCGCAUCAUCGGCAACCGCACCAAGAAGCUCUCCUUCAUCAAGCUCGGACUGGUCCCACCCGUCGCCGCCAUCCUCGCCUCUAGAGCCCAAUCCCAAUCCCAGGCUCAUCGCGACAACAAUCUCCUUGUUCAGUCGGUCGCCGCCCUCGGAAGCUUCGCUUGCGGCUUCGAUGCCGGCGUCCAAGCCGUUCUCGACGCCGGCGUGUUUCCUAACCUCUUAUUGCUUCUAUCGCAUCCUGAUGCUAAGGUUGUCGAUUCCGGUGCACGUUCCUUGAGGAUGAUUUAUCAAUCAAAACUGGCUCCAAAGUGUGAUUUCAUUCAAGAGAAAAACAUGGAGUUUCUUCUUUCGUUAUUGAAUAGUGAGAAUGAAAAUGUUACUGGACUUGGUACAAGUAUAAUCAUACGUUCUUGUGAGACUACUGUUGAACAGAAGGCACUAUGUCAUUCUGGGGUUGUUAAGAAGUUAAUUAGCCUUCUUGAAGGUUCUCUAAGUCAGACAGAUAAUAGUUUAGAGUCUCUGGCCACAAUUAUGAAGAACAAUGUUGAAGCUGUUUCAGAGUUUGUGGGAUCUGAAAAUGGGAGAGCUUUGAGUUCUUUAAUUGAAUUAACAAAGGAUAGGUAUCCCCGUACCAGAUUAUUGGCCUCUAUGUGCCUGAUUGUUAUAAGGAAUUCCUCUUCUUGCUAUUUGCAAGAUAUAGGCAUCAAAACCAAGUUGGUGCAUCUCUUACUUGAACUUCAUGAUGAUCCUGGUCAAGUUGGAGAUGAAGCUCCCUCUGCAUUUUCUAGUUUAAUUUCUGAAAAAUUGGAUCUACAGAAACUAGCAUUUGAGGCAAAUGCUGUUGAUAAACUUUACAACCACUUGCAAAAGAGUCUGUUACAUCCCAAACGCUUCGAAGGAAUAUUGCUGGCACUGGCUGAUGUAUGCUCAAAGUUGGAGAGCUGCAGGUCUAGAUUCCUGUCAUUGCAGGCAUUGAAAUUGGUAUCUGAUGCACUAACUCAUGAUAGUUUUGAAGUACGUACGGCAGCUUGCAUUUGUUUAAGAUCUGUCUCUCGGUCAAUCAAGAAUUUGUGUGCAGGUAAUUUUAUGAAUGAAAUGAUUGUCCCUCCCUUGGUUCGGCUAUUGGAUGACCCCUCUACGUCUGUCCAGGUUGCAGCUCUUGCUGCGAUUGGCAACGUAGUAGUUGAUUUUACCAUGCGUAGGUCAUUGUUUGGACUGUGUGGAGGUGUGAAACAGCUUGUUCAGUUAUCCAGAUCAAUGGAUUCAACUGUGAGGUUAAAUGCUAUAUGGGCUUUAAGGAACUUGACGUUCCUUGCAGACCAUGCCUGUAAACAAGAGAUUUUCAAGGAGCUCACAGCUUCUUCAUUAGCAAGUGUCAUCUGUGACCCCGAACCUUUUGUCCAAGAGCAGGCUCUUGCACUUAUCCGGAAUCUUGUUGAUGGAUGUAUGAAGUCUGUUGAGCUUGUCUUUGCUGAAGAUGGCAUGUUAUUAGAUGCUGUUGGGAGGCAAUUGCAGAAUGCUUCAAAAGAUGAAAUUUUGAUACAGGUUCUAAAUUCUGAUAUUUCAUCUUGAUUGCAGGGAUAAUUUGGAAUACCAAGUUUUGAUUGAAGGUUUAUUGAUAAAAGAUGUUUUCUAGUUCUGGGUCUUGCAAUUAGUGGGCCAGUGAGUUUCUUUUCAUGAGUCAGAAAGCAGGCAGAUGCUUUAGUUAAAGUGACAUCAUCUCCAUCUUUAACCAUCAAUUCUAAUUGUGCACAAGAUUUUUAUGCUUAAAAGUCAAGUAACCAAUCUAGAAGUGAAUCGUGUGAUGGCCCAAUGGGGACUUAAUAGAACACCAGAGUUUACUUUCUCAUGCUUAAAGUAACAAGAUCUAAAUAUGCAGAAGAAAGGAAUAGAUGUUGAAGCUUUUGACUCCUUUCUAAUCGUUAUCGCUGAUCUUACUGUUUCUAUUAUAAAUAUUUUACGUUAUAAUAUGGUUUUAAAUCAUUUUCACAUAGGGAAUGUAUGUGCUUAGCAAUGUUGCAAGUGGGAAUGAAUUUCACAAGGAAGCAGUUAUGCAACAACUCAUUCCACAAGGAGACAAUGGGACACAAUCUUUUAUUCUCAAGUUUUUGCAGAGUAAUGAGAACCAAUUACGUACUGCUUCUGUCUGGGCCAUUGUGAAUCUUACCUUUCCAUCAAGUCCUUGUGCAUUUAGCCGCCUUGUGAAACUACACGAUGCUGGCAUAGUUUCUCAAGUAAAGAGCAUGGCCAAUGAUCCUUGCCUAGACGUGAAGCUUCGAGUAAAAACAAUGCUUGGGCAGUUAACAACCUUCAGUGAUUGCUCAGCAUGAUUUUCCUACCCUCGGACCACUGGCAAAGAACAGGAGUAAUGAUGAUGUUGCACUAGUUUUGACCUCAUUGUAUAUUCAGCGUCCUUCGUGGCUUGCAGCCACAUGGUGUAACACGUUGCUUUCUUUCCAGUCAGAGCGGUGCGGAAGCUUUGCUAAUUUUGGGGGUACUCCUAACCAGGUUACCCAUCAUUUUUCCCCAGUUCCAUUUUUGUUUCUUUUGAACACCUUUUACUAUCUUGUAUCAUAUGGUUGAUGUAGUUAUGUAAACUUAGUGUACCAUCUGACUGACAACACGUAGUGUGUACAAUACUGUCGUAUCAUGUCAGAUUUGUAAACAUGUAUACAUCGGCAAUCGUUUACUUCCAAAUGUAUAAAGUGACCAGAAUAAUCGUGGCAUCAUGUUGCAUCAGUGGCCUUGUGGAAGCUCUGUGUUGAGGAGUAUCGGGCAAAGGAUGCUCUGAUGCUACUUUGAUUGAGGCAGGGCUGAUUGUGUUGCAGAAGAUUCACUUGUACUGCGUCGGAGUUUAGAAAGCCCUUUGGGGACUAGUACCGCAAUUGCCCGAUACAUUAUGCCGCCCACAUAUUAUUGAGUGCAGGACAUACAGAAAUAUCUUACAAACAAAUGAGGUUUUGAGUGCGAUCGUAUAUGAACAAAUAAUGCAUUUGCUGCACGAAUUGAGAUUUUAAGUUUGUGCGGA